AGCCCGAGCGAGAUGGCAGCAGCAGCAGCAGCAGCAGCAGCAGCAGCGGGACGCCAUGGCCGCUGAGCAGAAAGCGAGCGGCGCGCAGGCCGGCGCCGCCCUAACCGCGAUUCGGGCGCGGCCCCGGGUCACCGCCUCUCCCGCGUCGGGCGCCAGCCUGGCCCUGAGCGCGCUGUCGCUGCUGUUGCUGGCCACGGCCAUCGGCACCGACCACUGGUACGAGACGGACACGCGGCGGCACCGGGAAAACUGCGAGCGGCAGGGCGCCGACUCCAACGGGCAGCAGAACCGCGACAUGCCCAUCUACCACCUGCCGCUGCUGGACACGGGCGCGCGCGACGUGGCGCUGAUGAAGCCCGUGCACGUGGGCAGCCGCGAGGACGAGCUCCUGGAGAACUGGCGCGCCAUCCUGGGCAUGGGCAUCCUGGAGACCGAAUGCGGGCGCCCGCUCUUCUCCACGCACGCCGGCCUAUGGAGGAAGUGCUACUUCGCCGGACUGGACCCGGACAUCGACAAGCUCGUCGAUAGAGGUAUCGCCGAGCGCUGCACGGCCGUCAAGUAUCACUUCUCUCAGCCAAUCCGAUUGAGGAAUAUCCCCCUCAACCUGACCAGAAGCAUACAGCAAGACGAAUGGCACCUGCUACACCUGAGGCGCAUCACAGCCGGAUUCCUGGGCAUGGCCGCCGCCGUCCUGCUGUGCGGGAGCAUCGUCACCUGCGUGGGUUUCUUCUGGGAGGGAAGCCUGACCAGACACGUGGCGGGACUCCUCUUUUUCAUGGCAGGAAUCUUCUGCACCAUUUCCCUGUGCACCUACGCGGCCAGCGUGACCUACGACCUUUCCAGGAAGCCCCCCUUUAUCUACGGCCUCCCCGACGACGUGGACCACGGCUACGGCUGGUCGGUGGGGCUGGCCUGGGCCAGCUUGGCGCUCAGCGUGGCGUGCGGCUGCCUGGGCGCCGCCUUCCCUCUGCCCGGCCGCUCGGGACCCCCGCGCGGCAAAGCCGCCGGCGCCUCGGCCGUCUGAGCCACGCCCCCUUCGCUGGGAAACGCUGUCAAGCGAGGCCUUUGCCGUUUCGUAACCCCCGAAACGCCGCCGACCCCCUUUCUUGCCUUCUUCCCGAGUCCGCCGUUAAGGAGAGCCCUUCAUGUAAAAUCCAUUGCAAAGGCGAUACAGAAAACAUCAAAGAAAGUAUGCGGUCGUGUAGGCCGGGGGUGUCAAACUUGAGGCCUACAAGGGGGUCCGAUCCGGCCCCCUGACGAGGUUGUUCUGCCUGACAGGCACUGUGUAGCUCAUUCAUACUGUACAUACAGAAUCACAUACUUUUAUUUUGACAUAGGCGCCUUAAAACCAGAGAUUUGUGCACUACUACACUCACUUUAAGCUCACUUUGUGUCCAGUCACGUUCCUUCGUUAGUCUCCUCCCUGUCAAAAUCAUCCUGUGCCGUCAAUGGCAGCCAGCCAAUGAAUGAAGAAGUGACCCCAAAAUGCCCCGAAACCAAGAGGAAGUUACCCGAAAUUAAAGGGAUGUCACCGUCAAAUGCCCCGAAAUCAACAGAAAGUGACCAGUGAACACAAAGUGGCUUGGUAAUCCUCUAAAAUCAAAAGUAAAUUAUCCAAAAUGUACAGGAAGUGACCCGAACUCAAAAAGAAGUCACCUGGAAAUGCUCCAGAAUCAACAGAUAAUGACCAAUUAACAUGAAGUGGUUUGGAAAUGCUCUAAAAUCAACAGGAAAUGAUCCAAAAUUAAAAUAACGUUCCCUUGAAAUGCUCCAACAAAAACAGGAAGUGACUAAUGAAUAAGAAGUGGCUUGGAAAUGCUUUAACAUCAACAGGAAAUGAUCCAGAAUGUGCAGGAAGUGACAUGAAAUCAAAAGGAAGUCACCUGGAAAUGCUCCAAAAUCAACAGAUAGUGACCAUUGAAGACGAAGUGGCUUGGAAAUGCUCUAACAUCGACAGGGAAUGAUGCAAAAUAUGCAGGAAGUGACCCAAAAUCAAAAGGAAGCCAUCUGAAAAUACCCCAAAAUCAUCAGGAAGGAAACAACGAACACAAAGUGGCUUGGAAAUGCUUUAAAAUCAACAGAAAAUGAUUCAAAAUGUGCAAGACGUUCCCCAAAAUCAAAAGGAAGUCAUCUGGAAUUGCUCCCAAAAUAAACCGAUAGUGACUGAUGAACACGAAGUGGCUUGGAAAUGCUCUAAUAUCAACAGUAAAUCAUGCAAAAUGUUCAGGAAGUGACCCAAAAUAAAAAUGAAGUCACCAGGAAAUGCUCCAACAACAACAGGAAGUGACCAAUGAACAAGAAGUGGCUUGGAAAUGCUCUAAAAUCAACAGAUAGUGACCAAUGAACACGAAGUGACUUGGAAAAAAUCAAAAGGAAAUGAUACAAAACAUGCAGGACGUUACCCGAAAUCAAAAGGAAGUCACCUGGAAAUGCUCCAAUAUAAACUGAUAGUGACUGAUGAACACGAAGUAGCUUGGAAAUGCUGUAAUAUCAACAGGGAAUAUGCUAAAUGUGCAGGAAGUGACCCAAAAUCAAAAGGAAGUCAUCUGAAAAUACCCCAAAAUCAUCAGGUAGGAAACAACGAACACGAAGUGGUUUGGAAAUGCUCCAAUAUCAACAGGAAAUGAUGCAAAAUGUGCAAGAAGUGACCCAAAAUCAAAAUGAAGUCAUCUGAAAAUACCCCAAAAUCAUCAGGAAGGAAACAACAAACACGAAGUGGCUUGGGAAUGCUUUAAAAUCAACAGAAAAGAUCCAAAACGUGCAGGAAGUGACCCAAAAUCAAAAGGAAGUGACCCGAAAAUGCCCUAAAAUCAACAGGUAGUGACCAAUGAAUACGAAGUGGCUUGGAAAUGCGCUAAAAUCAACAGGAAGUGAUCCAAAACAUGCAGUACGUUACCGGAAAUCAAAAGGAAGUCACCUAAAAAUGCUCCAAACGCAACAGGAAGGGACCAAGGAACAUGAAGUGGCUUGGAAAUGCUCUAAAACCAACAGGAAAUGAUGCAAAAUGUGCAAGAUGUUCCCCAAAAUCAAAAGGAAGUCAUCUGUAAAUGCCCCAAAAUUAACAGGAAGUGACCAAUGAAGACGAAGUGGCUUGGAAAUGCUAUAAAACCAACAGAAAAUGAUCCAAAACAUGCAGGACGUUACCCGAAAUCAAAAGGAAGUUACCUGGAAAUGCUAUGAAAUCAACAGAUGUUGACCAAUGAACACGAAGUGGCUUGGAAAUGCUCUAAAAUCCAACAGGAAAUGGUCCAAAAUGUACAGGAAGUGACUCAAAAUGAACUCUAUGGCUUCUAUUGACAACGAUAAAGGUCCACUUCACUUAAACCGGGUCAACUCAUAUGCUAGUGCCAUUGAUGGCGCAAGACGUCCAAUCAUUUUGACUAGGAGGUGUUAAUGAACGGUUGGACCUCUCUCGCCGUCAAUGGCAGCCAGUGAGUCAACUUAUUUGGCCAAAAAUAAACCGGUUCAGCUCACAUGAGGUAUAAUGGCGGUGAAUGUGGCCGGCGAAACAAAAUGAGUUUGACACCCUUGGUGUAGGCUGCGAGCUCAAUGCUAACACAGAAUGACAAGUGGCAUGGGCAGGCUAACAAAAUGAGCAAAGGAUUAGGGGUGUCACCAUACAUUUAUCCGGACUGACACGGCAACGAAUUCAUUCCAACCCUCCCACUUCAAAUGGAUUGGACAUCUAACUGGAUGUCAGUGACAUUGAUCAUUAAAUUAGUUGCAAAAGAAGCCUUCUGGAGCGUCGCUACUACCGAGAUGUUCUUAGGAGAUGUCCAAUCCAUUUCAAGUGGAAGGUAUGGCAGUGAACGGCAUUUGUGUGGUGGGUUAGCAUGAAGCUACUGAGACACAUAAUUGAUGGUAGAUUUGGAAGUGACCCAAUUUUAAAAGGAAGUGAUCCCAAAAUGCCUGAAAAUCAACAGGAAGUGACCCAAUAUGUACAGGAAGAGAACCACUAAUGGCCCAAAAUCAAUAGGAAGUGACCCUGGAAUACCACAAAAUCAACAGUAAGUGACCCAAUAUAAACAAGAAGUGACCCAGGAAUACUUCAAAAUCAACAGGAAGUGACCCAUUACGUACGGGAAGUGACCCCAAAAUGCCCCAAGAUCCACAGGAAGUGCCUCGAUAUCUAUAGGAAGCGACCCCAAAAUCCCUCAAAAUUAACAGGAAGUGACCCUGAAUGCCUGAAAAAUUUACAGGAAGUGACCCAAUAUGUACAGGAAGUGAACUCCUAAUGCCACAAAAUCAGUAGGAAGUGACCCUGGAAUACUGCAAAAUCAACAGGAAGUGGCACCGAAAUGCCUGAAAAAUCAACAGGAAGUGACCCUGGAAUGCCUCAAAAUCAACAAGAAGUGACCCAAUAUGUACAGGAAGUGACCCUGGCAUUCCACAAAAUCAACAGGAAGUGACCCUGGAAUACUUCAAAAUCAACAGGAAGUGACCCAAUAUGAGCAGGAAGUGAACCCCUAAUGCCCCAAAAUCAACAGGAAGUGACUCUAGAAUACUACAAAAUCAAAAGGAAGUGACCAUGGGAUGCCUCAAUCAAUAGGAAGUAACCCUGAAAUAUCCUAUGUCAACAGGAAGUGACCCAAUAUGAACAGGAGGUGAACCCAAAAUCAAGAGAAAUUUACUCUGAAAUGCCUCAAAAUCAAUAGGAAGUGGCCCAAUAUGAACAGGAAAUGACCCUAAAAAAUGCCCCAAAAUCAACAGGAAGUGACCCAGGAAAGCCCACAAAUCAACUAGAAGUGACCCAAUAUCAACAGGAAGUUACCCUGAAAUGCCCCCAAAUCAACAGGAAGUAACCCCGAAAUGCCUCAAAAUCAAUAGGAAGUGACCCAACAUGUAUAGGAAGUCUACAAGAAAUGCCCUAAAAUCAACAGGUGACCCUGAAAUAUCCCAUAUCAACAGGAAGUGACCCAAUAUGAACUGGAAGUGAAAUUAAAAAUGUCCCAAAAUCAACAGGAAGUAACCCUUAAAUGCCUCAAAAUCAAAAGGAAGUGACCCCAUAUAUACAGGAAGUGAACCAGAAAUGACACAAAAUCAACAGGAAGUGACCCUGAAAUAUCCCAUAUCAAUAGGAAGUGACCCAAUAUGGACAGGCAUACCACAAAAUCAACAGGAAGUGGCCCUGGAAUGCCUCAAAAUCAACAGGAAGUGACCUAAUAUGUACAGGAAGUGAAGCCAAAAUCAACAGUAAGUGACCCCGAAAUCCCCCCAAUCAACAGGAAGUGACCCAAUAUGAACAGGAAGUGAAGCCAAAAUGCCCCAAGAUCAACAGGAACUGACCCCAAAAAUCCCCCCAAUCUACAGGAAGUGAUCCAAUAUGAACAGGAACUGAAGCCUAAAUGCCCCCAAAUCAACAGGAAGUGACCCUGAAAUAUCCCAUAUCAACAGGAAGUGACCUAAUAUAUACAGGAAGUGAAGCGAAAAUGCCCCAAAAUCAACAGGAAGUGACCCUGAAACAUCCCUAAUCACCAGAAAUGACACAAAAUCAAACAGGAAGUGACCCUGAAAUAUCCCAUAUCAACAGGAAGUGACCCAAUAUGGACAGGAAGUAAACCCUUAAUGUCCCGAAAUCAAAGGGAAGUGACCCUGGCAUACCACAAAAUCAACAAGAAGCGACCCUGGAAUGCCUCAAAAUCAACAGGAAGUGACCUAACAUGUACAGGAAGUAAAGCCAAAAUCAACAGGAAGUGACCCCCAAAUCCCCCCAAUGAACAGGAAGUGACCCAAUAUGAACAGGAAGUGAAGCCUAAAUGCCCCAAAAUCAACAGGAAGUGACCCUGAAAUAUCCCAUAUCAACAGGAAGUGACCUAAUAAGUACAGGAAGUGAAGCCAAAAUGCCCCAAAAUCAACAGGAAGUGACCCUGAAACCCCCCUAAUCAAUAGGAAGUGACCCAAUAUGAACAGGAAGUGAAGCCAAAAUGCCACAAAAUAAACAGGAAGUGAACUCAAAAUCCCCCCAAUCAACAGGAAGUGACCCAAUAUGUACAAGGAGUGAACCAGAAACGUCCCAAAAUCAACAGGAGUGACUCUGGAAUACGUCAAAAUAUAAAGGAAGUGACCCAAUAUGUACAGGAAGUGAACCAGAAAUGACCUAAACACAACAGGAAGUGACCCCGAAAUCCCCCAUAUCAACAGGAUCUUACCCGAUAUCCACAGGAAGUGGCCUUGAAUAUCUCAAAAUCAACAGGAAGUGACACGAUAUAUUAACCAUCACAGCAAAGCUACCAGAAAUUGCAUUUUUGAGUCAUCUUUAGUUGUCUUUGACGAGCUAGCAACAAAUCGUUUUGUAGUCCGUAGAGCACGCGGCGCCCAUAUUUGGAAGCAGAUCAACCACCAGUGCUCAGAUGUAGAAAAACACACCUUUUUUUUUUUUUUUUUUUUCUUCUGCCGUUUUCUUUUAUUUUGGUGGCCACUGUAAAUAUAUCCACGGCCUUGGCAUCUGUUGCACUUGACUUGUUUGGUGAAAAAUUCAAAAAUGUCAUGUUUAAACAGUGUUGCCUGUG